AUGCCGUCGAAAAAACGGGCAACGCAUAGCAAUAGCGGUGAUGAGCCGCCAUCCACCUUGCAUCGUAUUCGCAACAUGUGGCAGUUCGCCAACUUGUGUCAGUGGAUAUACAUGUUUGGCAAGGCUGCGAAGAUUGAUGACGCGGUCGAUAUCGAGGAAGUCGAAGCAGAUUGCUUAAAACCACAACCGACCCUGCUCCCAGAUCUUGCACUGGCUUUGCUCAAGCUGGUGUCCACGCAUCGUGGACUGACUCCAGAUGUCAUGGAUGAUCACCUUCGAAGGCAAUAUUUAGCUAAAGCACCGAGACAGAACCCGUUUGGCAGCGAGACCGAUCCUGUUUCUUUUACCAGCCUGGACGUCUUUACCAAGCGUUACGAGCAGAUCAACGUUCUGCAAAAACUGACGCAAUGGACGAUGGUACAUCCGGAGCGCCUGCGGGAGAAAAUGGCAGAGCACAAGGAUACUGAGCAGUCUAAUUGGCGCAUCGAACCAUAUGGAUGGGACAAACACGACCGAGUGUAUUAUGUGUUGGACGACAACAGAAUAUACCGAUUUACAGAACCACAAAGCCCUGGCCCGCAACUGAAGCCCAAAAAGAUGAAGCAGUACCGGAUUGGUCGCCGAGCGAGCAAAAGACGACACACGGCAUCACCCAGUGAAGGCGGCGGCGAGGAUUUGAGUGACAGGCAAUAUGAUUCACAGCUUCCUGAAGAUGACCUUGGUGGAGGGACUUGGGAAUGCAUUGCCAUCACUUUGCAGGAAGCAAGGGCCUUUGUAGAAACAUUGGCAAAAACUCGUGAUGGAAACGAGAAAACACUUCGAAGACAACUCGAAACACAUUUAUUACCAAUCCUUGAAAAACAGGAGGAAGUAACGAAACGGAGAGAACUACAGCGAGAACGCGAGUUGCUAAGCCUGGCAAAGAUGGCAAACGCCAAAAGAUCAAGCCGAAUUGCCGACAAAGCAGAAAAAAAGAAAAGAGAUGUCGAGGAAAAAGAGGAACAACGCCAGAAAUUGGAAGCUGAGAGGGCUGAGCACCGUGAGAAGAUUGCCCGGCUCAAGCUUGAGAAAGAGCGCGAUUUUCGCAUACAGCACGUAUCUCCGAGCGACGCCUUCAUGCCGAAAUCCAGCGAAAUCAACAAGCCCUACAGGACAUUGGGCAAGAGGAUGAUGAUUGGGUCUUCGAUUGCGUUUGUGGAUUAUAUGGCCAGGUCGACGAUGGCACUCAUAGCGUUGCCUGUGAAUCCUGCAACGUUUGGCAGCAUAGCAAGUGCCUGGGGAUCUCUCAGGAUGAAGCAGAUCAACGCGAAUUCCGCUUCAUUUGCUUGUCUUGCAGGCGUCGAGAAGAUGACAAAAAUAAUUCGCCGAAGACUAUAA